UCCUGUGCUGAGUGAAGAAACGGACAGUAUCUACAAGUUUAAGUUAGAGGACAGCCUGAGUAUAAAUAAACGCAGCGCUGUCAGUAUGUUGAUGUUGUAAAAGACGGUUUGUAGGAUCAGCACUUCUUUAACAGGAGCGGUGAAGUGUAGCAUACAGGAUGGACGAAAAUUAAUAAGACUUAUCAGAGAUAGGAAGCGAUCAGUAGACCUGAAGGCCUUGUUUUGUUUAGGGAAUAUUGAUCACAAUGAAACCUCUGGAUAUCGUAAAUGGAAAAAACAGCCUUUGGAUCUUUGGCUACGGAUCUUUAGUUUGGAAACCGGAUUUUGCUUAUAAAAAAAGGAAAGUUGGUUACAUUAAAGGAUACAAGAGACGGUUCUGGCACGGAGAUGAUUUCCAUCGUGGGGAUAAGGAAAAGCCAGGCAGAGUUGUCACACUAGUAGAAGAUCAGGAGGCCUCCACAUGGGGCGUUGCCUACGAAGUGCCUGAGUCCCACAUGGAGGAGUCCCUUCAGUACCUGAACAUCAGGGAGGUUAUGUUGGGAGGAUACACAACAAAGAUGGUGGAGUUUGUCCCUAAAGAGAAGAGCCACGGUCCUCUGCUGGCUCUUGUCUACAUCGCCACAUCGGACAACCCCAUCUACCUCGGUCCUGCCUCGGACAUGGAGAUCGCAGCCCAAAUUUCCAUUUCCAGCGGGAAAACGGGCCACAACAUUGAGUAUCUGCUCCGGCUAGCAGAGUUUAUGAGGCUGUGCUGUCCAGAGGUGGAGGACGAACACCUUUUCUCUAUCGAGGCGGCUGUUUUAAAGAUUUUCCCACGAGGAGAGAUCACACCCUCAGCCAAAACAUCUCUCUAACAGGGGCCUUAAGUGAUGGCACACAGCACCAGAUUUUUAAAGGGACCUGAACAUUUGGGUUAUAUGGAUCUUUAAGAACAACCAUAUGAUUUGUUGUGAAGGAAUUCUUCUUUUUGUCAAUAAUAACAGAGACUUUCACUACAGUAAUGGAGGGCCUGCUGUGUAUCACAUACACAAACACUUGUUUUCCUUAAAAAAAGACAAAAAUAAUUUGUUCCUUUUUUAAACUUGAUUGUCUUUAAACAUUUUCAAAAUGUACUUUUAAAUGUAUUUGAAUACAAAGGCAGAAUUGCAGAUCACUGUAUUCAGAUUUUUCUUUGGCUGAAAAGGCUGAAUUUGCUCUAGGGACUCCUCUGGAACCUGUGGAGAUCAUUGUUGAGGCUUCUUCAGAUCCACUGUUAUACAGACCGCUUGAGGAGAUCCUUCCUCCCCACAGCCAUAUAUCUACAACAACUCUUUAAAGAAACUUGUAUGAACAUCCAAUUUGCUUUAAGAAAUUAUAAAGUAAUUUUGUAUUAAAUUUAAUUGAACAAAUAUCUGAAGCAUCCACACAACAGCUGGAUUUAUGCAGAGAUUAAGUUACACUGAGUAAAGAGGGGUGAAUUUUUAUGUAUGACACUGCAGAUUUCUUUUCUAAGAUGAUUGAAAGGUUUAUAAUUCACAA